AUGGAAAAAAUAACAAANCUUCGCGCGAUCUAUGAUAAUACAAAGCAGUUGAUGAAUCAACUCGAUCAAAUUUUUUCACAGUGUAUUCAAACUAUCAAACAAAUUAAACCAUUGGAAUGUUCAAAUUAUACGAAAGGAUGGACUUUUCAAUUGAGAUCGUGUCCGGAUGGAAAAAAUAACAAAGGAAUUUCUAUUGGUGAAAUUUUUCGAAAGCAGCCGAUUUAUAAAGAAUUUGUUUUAAUAAACCAACAAGGCGAUUUAUUAUCAAAUGGAAAACAAACAAAAAUUUCGUCAAUUAAAUCGUUGCAUAGUGAAAGACUGAAAUUACAAUUUAUGUGCGAAGAUGAUAAGUACGAACAAGAGAAAUUUCAACAAUGGAAUCAAUUUCUUCUGGAUCAACAAGAAACAGCGUCGGAUAUGACGGAUGAACUACACGAGAAUUCUGAUGAACAAGAAGAUGAGAAGAAAAUGAACAGAACAAUCAAUCUUGAUUCAGAUUCACUAGUCGAUCGUUAUCAUUCCACACAGAAAAUCAAUCGAAAUGGUGAUGGAAAUCAAUACUCAUCCGAUGAAGAUAAUCGACCUCCAUCACCUUAUUCUCCUGAUCAUCUUGGACAUGAUCCAGAUGAUGAAGAUGAAGACGAUUUUUAA